UGGAUAAAUCCGUUCACGUUUGACGGGCGAUAUUGUGUGUUUUGAAUCGAAAUUAACGCUUGUUUUCCCCGCAAAAAAUGAACAGAAUAUUUGGACGCAGUAGAUCAAGAGGACCUGGUCCGGAUCUUUCCGAGUGUAUCGGCAAUGUGGACGCCAGAGGUGAGUCCAUCGAGAAGAAGAUAGGCAUGCUGGAUGCGGAGCUGGCCAAGUACAAGGACCAGUUGAAGAAGCUGAAGGAUGGGCCCUCCAAGAACAUGGUGAAGCAGAAAGCCAUGCGAGUGCUGAAGCAAAAGAAGAUGUACGAGAGUCAGCGAGAGCAGCUAGCUCAGCAGGCUUUCAACAUGGAGCAGGCCAACUACACGCUCCAGACACUGAAGGACACCAAGUCCACCGUGGACGCCAUGAAGAUGGGCGCCAAGGAGAUGAAAAGAGCCUACAAGGAAGUCAAAUUGGACCAGAUUGAUGACCUGCAAGACCAACUGGAGGACCUCAUGGAGGACGCCAACGAGGUUCAGGAGGCCAUGAGUCGCAGCUACGGCACUCCUGAUAUUGAUGAGGAGGAUCUGGAAGCCGAGCUGGACGCACUGGGUGAUGAGCUGCUGCAGGACGAAGACACUUCUUACUUGGAUGAUGCUUCGACCGCUCCUUCCAUCCCUGAGGGCAUUCCCGGAGAAAGCAAGACAGACAAGGAUGGCGUCUUGGUGGACGAGUUUGGCCUCCCGCAGAUUCCCGCCAGUUAAAUGCACGCGUCUGCUGCACUUAAUAUUUAUUUAUUUAAUUUUUAAUGUCAUAAUUGAUAGCUACUACUUCGUACAUACUCAUUAUCGCACUGAUAAACAUAAUUUCAGCACAUGUUCGACAGUUAAUUCAUUGAUUGAUAUUGACAGUAUUGUUUUUCUGAUUUGUGAGUGGGAUUGAGAGCCUCUGGAGAUUUACUGUUUGAAUUAAAUCUUAAUUUGUUGGUUAUU